CUGAUUAUCUCUUUCCAGCGUCAGUCAUAUAUCCUCCCACUUUCAGCUUCCAAGUUUCCCCCACCUACGUGAAUUGCGUAUAUCCGACAUGUCGCUCUGCAUAAACCGCCUUACAGAAGAAAGAAAGCAGUGGCGUCGAGACCACCCUUUCGGAUUCUACGCGAGGCCCCAUCGCAACCCUCAAGGUGCGCUCGACCUCAAGAGAUGGGAGUGCGGUAUUCCUGGAAAGGCGCAAACCUUAUGGGAGGGUGGGCUUUUCAAGCUCGACGUUACGUUUCCAGAUGAAUAUCCGACUAAGCCACCUAAAUGCAAAUUCGUCCCUCCGCUCUUCCACCCGAACGUCUACCCCUCCGGCACCGUCUGCCUUUCGAUAUUGAACGAAGAGGAGGCAUGGAAACCUGCCAUCACCAUCAAACAGAUUCUUCUGGGCAUUCAAGACCUACUGAACGACCCGAACCCGGAGUCACCCGCCCAGGCUGAGGCAUACAAUCUGUUCAAGAAGGAUCGACCGGCGUAUGAGCGACGUGUCAAGCAAGUGGUCAAGGAAAAUCCGGCACUUUGAAUGUCAUUCAUGCGUACAGUGAACAAUGCUAUCGCUCGGUACAUUCUAGACUCCAAACACACAAACACACACUCGACUACGGUUGUCGCGACAACCACACCUUGGUCUAUGCGCGGAUGCAGCUUUCGGCGAUUUCCUGCAUAUGUGGCAAACGAACGGAUUGCCGUGGACUUUGUCAUCUCUUUCUCUGACGCGAAGUGACAAUCUUCAUCGAGAGAUUCAUGCAACAGAAUGGUCAUUGAUAUCUGGGUUCAGGAACUCUUCCGAUCAGCGACUACAUGGCGUCUUUUGUCCUCGAAACGUUUUGCAUGUUGUUUCUCCUUUCAAAUCUGCCGGCUGAUUUAUUUUAUGUAUUCCCCAUAUUGGCCAGUCUGUUU